AUGAUUAAACCGAGGCUCUCAAGGCCAAACGACAGCCAAGAGAAGGAGGACACAAACAGCGGUGACGCGGCCAUUCCUGGGCUCCCCGGAACGGCGACCGGGUGCCACUUCGAGCCCCGCGAGAGGCCAUCGACGCGCAACACCGUCAACGACGAUCCAGGCUCAACGCGUGACACCAUCAACGACCAGCCUCACUCGACGCCGGCCACCAUCAACGACAAGCUUGGCUCGACGAGUAACACGCUCAAUAUGGAUGGCCUUGAUCAAUUUUCCGCGGCCGAAUCCAACACAGUCAUGCGCGAGGGGGACGACGACGAGGACUCGAAAGCCCACGUUGCCAUUGUUCGCGACAGGCAGUUGGCCCUCGAGAUGCUCGCCACCCACCUCAGACACGAUCCUGACGAGGAGCGCAAGGAAUACAGCAAGUUCGUCUUCGGUCGCUUGGAGAGGACAAUCGACAGUGGCGACGAUCUCGAUCCCGUCCUCCUCGAGCUUCACUACCACGCGACCGAGGACGAGCCGGACGAGAAGCGCCGCCGCAAGGCGCUGUUCAUUCUGAUGCAGUUGGAGCAGGGGGUGACCAAGGUCAUCAGUGCACAAGGAGAGAAGGACCGUUCCGCUCACGAGGCCAUGCGUACCACAACCUCCUCGAUCGACCGUAAGGGCAAGAGGCGCGCGACGGAGACCGAGACCGAACCUGAGGGCUGGGACAACUAUAUGAGCCACUUCACCAGCGUCGACGACGAGCUUGACGCCGAUGGGUUCCAGGACCACAGGCGGUACAACCUCCGUGACACAGAUGCCCGUGCCCUCGCAGCCGCAACCGAGGACGAUGCCGACGCCGCUGCCAACAUGGCCAACAUGGCCAACAUGGACAAGUUGAGUCAACCAAGAGGCGACGACGACGACGACGACGACGACGACGACGACGACAUCGAGCUCUUGAACGUCGGUGACGGGGACUGGCAACAGCCCGACGACGACACACUUUCUCUCCGAGACCGCUUCAAGGCGUGGCCAAAGGGCGACGCGGCAGUUGCCAUUCUCGAGGACCUGCAAAGCCCCGAGUCCGAGUUCACCUGGAGCACCUGGCUUGACAAGUACCCGCAAGGCGCCAUCGACCCCUCCGACAUACGCGACUUCCUUCUCCCACAUCCGGCGUUACACGGUAUCGUUGGCACCUUCUUCCCAACAACUCCAAUCGACGCCGGUUACCGGCCUUUCCUCAACGCCAUUCGAAAGAGAGCCAUCGUUACCUUCAAGGAGACGACAGUUGGCACUUGGGCGGGGCGCAUAUGGACCCUGGCUCGUGCCCUUUCCAUCCUCUCUCAAACCCCAACCUACCGCGAGCCGCCAUGCGCCGUCUGCAAGAUGCGGAAGUGGCCAGUCAAGGAGGAGCCGCUCGCCCUUCGCUCAUCUGAUGGAGGGCAUAGACCCAGCCGUCGCCUGAGAGGUCUGUCGCCCGAGUUCGCCGCGGAGAGCGACGACGAGGCGAUCGUAAGGACCCCUGCCACUUCAGUCCCCACCUUCGAGCCCAUGGAAGUCGUGUACACCGACUGGCCUCGCGGUGCCGCCCGGGCCGCGAUCUACGCGCAGCUGAGCAGCGCGUACGCCGAGCAGCAGUGGGCCGCGUGGCUCGCAAGCAGCAAGGACCCGCUCGAGCCGGCACAGCCGCACCACAAACUCCUUCCGCACUCCGCGCUACGCCGACUGGUGGAGUGGUGCUUCACCGCGCCAAUACACCCCGGGCACCGUGACCAGGUGGGCCAGAUCCGCGCGCUCGCCGUCUCGCUCGUCCGCAAGAUCAGCGCCUCGACAUGGAAGGUCAAGGUGCACAUGGUCGACAAGAAGCGUGACCCCGAGCGCCAGACCGAGCCGAAGUGGCUCCUGCACUGGCUGGAAAAUCGGAGCGGUAUCGUUGAUCGCCCUCCGACGGCCUGGCGGAGUGUGAGAGCCAACGGCGGCUCACAGGCGAUGUUGGGAGCGGCAGGCGACGAGAAUGCGGGCGACGAGGACGUGGGCCAUGACGGCUUUGCGUUCUUGUGGGACGAGUAG